AUGCCCAGCGCUAGGAGAAUGAUCCUGGGGCACGUCAUGUCCGGCCUGUGCACAAAGAUGAACCGUACCAAACAGCUUCCGGCGGAUCUGAUGGAAACUCCGCUGAAUCGAUGUUUAAAUACAUUCGACAUCACGUUGCUGGGUAUCGGUCAUAUGGUGGGAGCUGGAAUCUAUGUUCUUACCGGUACCGUUGCCCGCGAGAUGGCUGGCCCUGCGAUCGUCCUUUCGUUUAUCCUUGCCGGGUUAGUGUCACUGUUAGCGGCCCUUUGCUAUGCGGAAUUUGGCACCCGUGUUCCCAAGGCAGGAUCGGCGUAUGUCUACACGUACGUAUCGAUCGGCGAAUUUUGGGCAUUUGUCAUCGGCUGGAACAUUAUCCUGGAGCAUAUGCUUGGUGCGGCUUCUGUAGCACGCGCCUGGAGUGGUUACGUUGAUUCAAUGCUGGGCAAUAUUGUGGCUAACAUUACGAUGGAGAUUACGGGCGAGAUGCACGAGCAGCUACUAGCAAAGUAUCCCGACUUCCUGGCAUUCUUCGUGUGUAUCAGCUAUGCCGUAGCACUAGCGGCCGGUGUCAAGGCAACGGCUAUGAUAAACAGCAUACUGACCACGGUUAAUGUGGCCGUGAUGGCGCUGGUGGUGGUGUUGGGCUUCUGGUACGCCACACCAGACAACUGGUCGCUUCCGGAGCAGGGCUUCAUGCCGUACGGCUUUGGCGGGGUGCUCGCUGGUGCGGCAACUUGUUUCUACGCCUUUGUAGGAUUCGAUAGUAUUGCGACGUCUGGUGAGGAAGCGAAAAACCCGAGCGUUUCGAUACCGUUGGCCACCAUACUGUCGCUGUGCGUCGUAACGGUCGGGUACGUGUUGGUUAGUGCGGCACUAACGCUCAUGAUUCCGUAUAACGAAAUUAACCCGGCUGCGGCCCUGCCGGAUGCGUUCGGUAUGCGUGGCAUCACGUGGGCCAAGUACGCGAUUUCGACUGGAGCCAUCUGCGGUAUGACGACAACGUUGCUUGGUUCAUUGUUUGCUUUACCCCGUUGCCUUUACGCGAUGGCAAGCGAUGGAUUGCUGUUUUCGUGCUUCGGAAAGGUUAACACGAAAACACAAGUACCGCUAUUAAAUCUCGCACUGUCCGGUGUCUGUAGUGCACUGUUGGCGCUGCUUUUCGAUCUGGAAAAGUUGGUAGAGUUUAUGUCGAUUGGGACACUGCUCGCCUAUACGAUCGUGUCGGCUAGCGUGAUCGUACUGCGCUAUCGUCCAAUAUCGGUGGAAGAAACCGUCCAUCUUGCGCCCGAUACACCCGGUACGGAUGAGGAAGACGGUGGUCCGGCUUUACCGAGUGGUGGUAGUGCUACAACCGGCCCACCUGGAGGUGGAAUUGAUUCGUCCUCCCAGUCGAGCACCAUUGACCCUUCAUCGCCUACGAGUGAAAUGAUUGAGAUUGCCCUCGCCGGCAGACUGCGGCCGCAGUUCCGUUGGCUAGAGCCUGUACUGGGCCGGUGCGAACCUGGUGUGGCCUGUUCCGGUGCGGUGCUAAUGUUUUGUGUACUCAGCGUAGCUGUCUGCUUUCAGUUGGAGAACUCCUGGGACGAACUGUACAAUGGAACCUGGUGGGCAUUAGGACUUUAUGGGUUCCUUCUAUUUUGUCUCGUUGCAUGCGUAGUUGUUAUAUCGGCCCAUCAUCAAAACACUCGCGGGUUACAGUUCAAGGUACCAUUCGUACCGUACAUACCGGCACUAAGCAUUUUUUGCAAUAUCGAGCUGAUGGUACAUCUGAGCUUUUUAACCUGGCUACGGUUCUUCAUCUGGCUGUCGAUCGGUAUGCUUGUGUACUUCCUGUAUGGCAUUCACAACAGCAAGGAAGGUGAGCUCGGUACGUCCUACUCCAUGCUGAUGUCAACCAGCGAAGCGAUUCGUGGCUGGGGCUCCACCAGCACUGCUCUUGGAGGUGGCACAAAGGUAACGGUAACAAAGAUAAUCAAAGGAAGAAUAAGCCGCAAGACAGCCGGGGACAGACAGGCGAUAGUGGACGAUGAUGAUGAUGAGGAUUCUUAA